GUGAGACGCUCAGAGGGAGCCCAGCCAGCUCGGGCUGGUCCGGGCUGCGCUGGGCGGCCCGGAGGCAGCGCGUCCCGGGUCACACCGGCGCCCGCGAGCGGAGCGCGGCGGGGAACGCGCCAUGGACCCCAAGGCGGGUAGCGGCGAGGAGGAUGACUGCGUGGACUCGGGCGCAGAGACCGGAGGGUCUGACUACAGCCACAUGUCCUCCACCAGCAGUGAGCUCUCCGUGGAGGAAGCGCAGGACCCUUUCUUGGUCAGCAUCCACAUAAUCGCAGACCCAGGGGAAUCCCGACCCCUGCAGGAGGCCAUCGACAAGGUCUUGGCUUGGAUCCACCCAGACCUCCAGCUGUUCAGGGUCUCUGAAAGGAGGGCGUCCCGGCGGCGGAGGAAGGCCCCCAAGGUGUCGCAGCCAGCCCUGGCGGUGGUCCUCUUCCUGCAGGAGGAGUACGGCGAGGAGCAGAUCCUGCAGCUGCACCGCACGCUGCAGCGGCCGCCCUGGCGCCAUCACCACACGGAGCGCGUGCCUGGCAGGUUUCUGCCCUACCUGCCCUGCAGCCAGGAGUUCUUCACUCUGGCCCCUGGGACACCACUGUGGGCCAUCCGGCCUGUGCACUACGGCAAGGAAAUCGUGCGCUUCACCAUCUACUGUCGCCAUGACAACUACGCCGCCAUCCUCAAGUUCUACGAGCUGAUACUCAGGCGGAGCCCCAGCCAGAGGAAAACGGACUUCUGCAUCUUCCCCAUUUUCUCCAGUCUGGAUGUGGACAUCCAGUUCUCCCUGAAGAGACUGCCCUGUGACCAGACCCCGGUCCCCACUGAUUCCUCCGUGCUGGAGUUCCGAGUCAAGGACAUUGGCGAGCUGGUGCCUCUCUUGCCCAACCCCUGCAGGCCCAUCAGUGAGGGACGCUGGCAGACGGAGGACCACGAUGGGAACAAGAUCCUUCUGCAGGCACAGAGGGUACACAGGAGGUGCCCUAAACCCAGCAGAGCUCACCACGCCUCAGAGCAGAAAGCUGGCUCCACGCCUUCUCCGAGUGCCGCUGCACGGAGCCGGACCCCUGGCAGCGGCCCGCAGCCCCCGAUGGACACUUCAGACCUGGGGCUCGGCCAGACAGGCCUGCCUGCCCGGCAGCCGCAGGACUUCGCCAGACCAGCCGGCAGCCCUCCCAGCCUCCCCUGGUCUUUCCAGAGAAGCAAGUCCUUGUUUUGUUUGCCCACGGGAGACCCCUCCCCGGCCUCCUCAGCCGAACCACCGUGGUUUGCAAACACAGACGGCCCGGGGCAGAGGGCGUCGGAGCGGAGGCACGGCCACCUCCUCUCCAUCGAUGACUUAGAGGGGGCCCAGGAGACGGACGUGGACACGGGGCUGCGGCUCUCCUCCUCCGACCUGUCCGUGGUCUCUGCGUACUCUGCACCCAGCAGGUUCUGCAGCCCCGCGGAAACACUGCUCCCCUCCGAAAGAUGCAGCAGCCUCUGGUCAGAGCGCAGGGCUUCCAGAGAAGGACCCCUGCCCGCUGGGGGCGGCGUGACCACAGAGGCCUCCUGGGCUGCCCUCCCUCUGUCCACCAAAGGGCCUUCCAGCUCCUCGGCCACAGCUGUCACCACUUCCCCAGCUUCCGACACCUCCUGGCUCACAGAGUCACCCCCAGAACUCCCUUAUGAUGCUCCCGACGCCCAGCAGACUGGCAGAGGUGUCCUACCACCCUCAGUGCUGGCCGGACGCGGGGGCAGUGACGUGGAGGAGGAAUUCUACAUCUGAACGCACCCCACUCUUGUCUUUCAGACCCACAGGCUCAGGUGCCCCGCCCCUCUGGGGUCUGCACGCCACUCGUGUUCUCAGCCCCGCUUCCCCAGGUCCCUCCGGAAUCUAAUUAUCUGUCUCACCGGGUCGUUACUAGCACGUUUGACACACCACCCAUUCUUACCUGCGAGGUGGUGGGCUCAGUGGAAAAAUACUGGGAUUUUUAUGCAAAUAAAUUCUCA